CGCAACAUUAAUACAGGCUCCAGUCCGCAUUGCUCAGUCGUACCACCACCGCCGGCCGAGGAGUUAUGUGCUCUGGAGCAGCUCAUGGCCGAGUACGGUACGAAGCAACAUAGAGACCAUUGGUUUUUGGGGUUCCAGCAUCUGAUGGACAAUUACUUCAAGGGCCGCGUCGGGAAGGACGUGCUUCCUGAUUUGAUCAAGGAAUCGAUUCUCAAAUUUAGGGCAGAAACCAGUAACAAGGAGUUCAUGGAGGAGCUUCAGGGUGUCAUUGUAGAGAAAGAAGCCAUAAUCUUCAGGGGAGAUUGGAUUCUGGAGUUGCAGAGCUUGUUGAGGGAAUACAUCAAAGGCAAAAAGCACAUGCUUCCUUCGAUGAGGAGAAAGCUCCUGAAGAUGAGACUUUCGGGGAAGCAUGAUCAAAUGGUGACCUCCUGUUAUGAGAAGGAAGGGACGUACAGAUCUCAUUACGUGAGGUACAUAACAACGAGAGCAGAAUACUUCGACCAAUAUGCCAACUUGAUUCUCCCAGAAGCUGGUGGGGAAGCUCAGAUCGUUAGGGUUAGUCUCUUCGGAGCUCGACGAAAAACGCUUUGUUAAGGGGAUGCUGCUGAGGGAUGUCAGACGAGAAUUUGAUUGGAAGGAAGAGCUUGAACUAUAUAGAGAAUUUGAGAGUGGAGUUCUGAUAGAUUAUUCAAAGACGGUGGAAGCUGAGGAGGAGGAGGAGGAGGGUGCAGCAACACAAUUUCAUCAUUUUGACGACGACCACCACGACGAUGAUGAUGAUGAGAAGAAUGCUCGUGAAGUUGUCAGGAAAUACAAAGCGUUGAGCGAUGAAGCUGCGAGGAAGUAUCGAAGGAGAUUUUCAUAUGAGUUCGAUGAACCGAAGGAGUUCGCACAUAUACACCUGUGGCAAGAUUAGGAUGAUGCUUGCUGGCUCUACUUGAGUCAUAGUAUAUCUCUACAGAAUUUGGUGUUAUCGUUUUGGAUUCCAGUGAUUUGUGCAAAAUCUCCCUUUGAU